AUGGCUCCCAAGAAGAAGGGAAACAAGCGCCAGGACCAGGACUGGGAGGCUGAGCUCGGCGAGGAGGCUCCUGCCGUUGAGACCCCCACCAACGACCAGACUGAGAAUGCUGCUGCCGCCGAGGAUGAUGAGGAGGCCCCUGCCGCUGGUGGUCUGAUGGCUGCUCUGCGCAAGAACAAGGAAAAGAAGAAGAAGAAGAACAAGCAGGCCAACGACUUCGUUGAAGGUGAGGAUGCUGCCGAGCCUGCGGUCGACCUUGCUAGCAAGGUGCCCGAGGAGGGCAACUUUGAUGACGACGACGUAUUUGCCGGCAAGCCCAAGAAGGCCGUCAAGCAAGCCGCUCCCGCUCCAGCUGCAGAGCCCGAGGAGGGCGAGUUCCGUGUAAAGUCCAAGAAGGAGAAGGAGAAGGAGAAGAAAGAGCGUGAGAAGCAAAGAAAGAAGGAACAGGCUGCCCUGAAGAAGAAGUCUGCACCCGCCCAAGAAAAGGCCGAGGCUGCUAAGCCCGCCGCCGAAGCUAAGAAAGCCGAAGCCGCCGCGGCUCCUGUCGAGACUGGAGGCAAGAAGAAGAAGCUCCCGCCCCACCUUGCUGCUCUCCAGAAGCAACAGGAGAUGCUUCGCCUGCAGCGUGAGGAGGAAGAGCGUAUCGCCGCAGAGGAGAAGAAGGCCCUUGAAGAGCUUGAGCGCAAGGAGGCCGAGGCCGAAGCUCAGCGUGAGGCUGCUCGUGCAUUGAGAAAAGAGCGCGAACGCGAGAAGAAGGAGCAGCUGCGCAAGGAGGGCAAGCUUCUUACCAAGGCUCAGAAGGAGGCCAAGGAUCGCAAUGAGAGACACCUGCAGCAGAUGCUUGCGGCCGGUAUUGGUAAGGUUGCUGGUCUUGAGCAGGGCACUUCCGAUAAGAAGCGCCCUGUCUACGAGAAUCGCAAGAAGAAGGGUGGCAAGAAGCAGGAGGAGGUCGACCUUGAAGCUGCGGCCGAGCGUGCCCGCCUUCAGCGCGAAGCUGAGGAUGAGCGCCGGAAAAAGGAAGCUGAGGAGAAGGCCAAGGCUGAAGCUGCGGCCGCUGCUGCUAAGGCUCCUGUCGAGGAUGACGAUGCUGUUGAUGACUGGGAGAAGGCUGCCGAGGAGGAUGACGAUGUGAAGGACAGCUGGGACGCUGCUACCGAUGACGAGGAGGAGAAGCCCGCUGCUAAUGGUGCUGCCGAAGAGAAGAAGAAGGAAGAGAAAGAAGAAGAAGAGGAGGAAGAGGAUUCUGAUGAAGACUCCGACUCUGACUCCGACUCCGAUUCUUCCUCCGAGGAUGAGGAGCGCUCUGCUAACCAAAGAGCUAUUGCUCUGAGGAAGGCCGAGGCUGCUGAUCGGAGACAGAAGCAGCACGAGGAGGCUCUUGCGGCUCGCUCCAAGGACAACUUGCGCUCUCCCAUUUGCUGUAUUCUUGGUCACGUCGAUACUGGUAAGACCAAGCUGCUGGACAAGAUUCGUCAGACCAACGUGCAGGAGGGCGAAGCUGGUGGUAUUACCCAGCAGAUUGGUGCUACUUACUUCCCCGUCGAUGCCCUGAAGCAGAAGACCGCCGUUGUAAACAAGGAUGGCAAGUUCGAGUUCAAGGUCCCCGGUCUCCUGAUCAUCGAUACCCCUGGUCACGAGUCUUUCUCCAACCUGCGCUCAAGAGGUUCUUCUCUUUGCAACAUUGCCAUUCUGGUUGUCGAUAUCAUGCACGGCUUGGAGCCCCAGACUCUGGAAUCCAUGCGCUUGCUGCGUGACCGCAAGACUCCUUUCAUUGUGGCCCUGAACAAGAUCGAUCGUCUGUACGGCUGGAAGAAGAUUGACAACAACGGUUUCGAGGACAGUCUGAGAAUGCAGAACAAGGGUGUCCAGAACGAGUUCCGCACCCGUCUGGAGGCCACCAAGCUCGCCUUCGCUGAGCAGGGUUUCAACUCCGAACUCUUCUUCGAGAACAAGUCCAUGGCCCGCAACGUGUCCCUGGUUCCCACCUCUGCCCACACUGGUGAGGGUAUCCCUGACAUGCUGAAGCUUCUCACCACCCUGUCCCAGGAGCGUAUGACCAACUCCCUCAUGUACUUGUCUGAGGUCGAGUGUACCGUUCUGGAAGUCAAGGUCAUUGAGGGUCUUGGUACCACCAUUGAUGUUGUCCUGUCUAACGGUAUUCUGCGCGAGGGUGACCGGAUCGUUUUGUGUGGUCUGAAUGGUGCUAUCACAACCAAUAUCCGAGCACUCUUAACACCGGCACCGCUUAAGGAACUGCGUCUGAAGUCUCAGUACGUGCACAACAAGGAGGUCAAGGCUGCGCUGGGUGUUAAGAUCGCUGCCAACGACCUGGAGGAUGCUAUUGCCGGUUCCCGUCUGUUGGUUGUGGGUCCUGAUGAUGAUGAGGAGGACCUAGAGGACGAGAUCAUGUCUGAUCUUGAGAACCUCCUCAGCCGUGUCUCUACCGAUAACCGUGGUGUCACUGUCCAAGCUUCCACUCUGGGUUCCCUGGAGGCCCUUCUGGAGUUCUUGAAGGUCUCCAAGAUCCCCGUGGCCAACAUCUCUAUUGGUCCUGUCUUCAAGCGCGACGUCAUGAUGGCUGGAACCAUGUUGGAGAAGGCCAAGGAGUACGCAGUGAUGCUGUGCUUUGAUGUUAAGGUUGACAAGGAUGCUGCUGCCUACGCUGCUGAUGUUGGUGUCAAGAUCUUCACUGCUGACAUUAUCUACCACCUGUUCGAUGACUUCACCAAGCACAUGGCGGAGCUGACUGAGCAGCGCAAGGAGGAGAGCAAGCUGCUUGCUGUUUUCCCCUGUGUUAUCAGCCCUGUUGCUGUCUUCAACAAGAAGGAUCCCAUUGUCAUUGGUAUUGAUGUCAUUGAGGGUAGCUUGCGGAUGCACACCCCGCUGGCCGCUGUGCGGACCAAUGCUGAUGGUAAAAAGGAAAUCAUCAACAUUGGUAGAGUAACAUCCAUCGAGCGCGACCACAAGCCCAUCCCUGUCUGCAAGAAGGGUCAGCCCUCAGUUGCUGUCAAGGUUGAGGGUCCCAACCAGCCCAUGUACGGCCGUCAGCUCGAGGAGAAGGAUCAACUCUAUUCCGUUAUCUCUCGUGCCAGUAUCGACACAUUGAAGGAGUUCUACCGCGCUGAGGUUACGAUGGAGGAGUGGGGUCUGGUCAAGAAGCUCAAGCCCGUUUUCGACAUUCCUUGA